CGCGGCUGCGCGGCGCUCAGGGACGCAGCGUCGGUUGUCAGCCGAACCCGGAAUUCUCCGCUGCCUCUGCGCCGCGCGGCCUAGUUGUCGUCUACCGCGGAAGGGCCGCGGGGGCCGCCCCGCGACACUGAGGGGAACGUUCUCGCAUUCCGAGGCGACGGCCCGAGCGGACUGGGCCGGGGGUCCACGCGCUCUCACGCUGCCGCCGCAGCUGACGCCUCCGGGGCCGCGGGCCGUCAGGCCGGGCCCCCGCGUGCUGCAAGGGAGCCGAAGGCCUUGCCAGUCUUGGGAGGGGAGCUGAGUUUUUCCAGGGGCUCUGUUAUUUGUGACCACAAUGAAAAAUGCAGACAGUGAUGAUCUGAUUACUAACAAACUUCCCUCGCUCAAGAGCUCGAAAGAAUGGUUGGACCCCCAGCCACUUUCUUUUACGCAGACAUUAGCUGAAGAAGAUAUUGAUGCAGCUAUUCAAUCAAUAUUAUAUAGAGAAAACUACAUGAUUAAGGAACUAGAUAAGUAUUUACAACAUCAUAACUUCUUAAAUGCAAGAAGAAAAGAGAUAUUAUAUAAAAGAUGGGUUGACCAUGUGGCAGAUCCUCUCCAGAAGAAAAUUAUAGAAAAAGUUUGUUCACAUAAGAAGAUUAAGAAAAGGAGACAAGAGGAAUUAGAUGGUUUUUUAAAACAUGUAAAUAAAAAGGGAAAUGCAUUUAUAGAGCAUUAUGAUCCAAAAGAGUAUGAUCCUUUUUAUACAAGAAAAGAGGACCCAAAUUUUCUGAAGGUUACCAUCCCACCAUUGCGUGAUCCUUUGAAAAAGGCACAAUAUGACAAAGAUGACGAAAAGAGAACUCUUCUUCAGUGUGAGACUGGCAAAAUAUAUACAAUGAAAGAAUUUAAAGAGGUUGAGAAGGCCAAACUGUAUUCCAGAUUCCCAAGAAUUUCUACUUCAAGGCACUUUAUGACUCCAAAUGAGUGGCUUAAACUGCCGACAGUCUACAUAGAAAGUGAAUUUUGUAAAAGGAGCAGGUUAAAAGUGAAAGUGAAUUUUAAUGAUUGUAGUUGUGAUUUGAAACCCUCGGCAAGACCCCCUCAUCUUUUGGAAUCUCAGGAAGAAGAAAAAGCAGUUAUUUACAAGUUUUAGCAACCAAGGAGUACCCACCCUGAUCCUUGAUGGUAAAAGAGGACACAAAGAAGCCUGCUUCUGAGGAAGCCAUCUGCCAGCAGGAAUCCCUCAGGGUGAGGACCAAAGAAGGUACUCAAGAAUUAGGUUCUGUGUCUAAGAAAAGCAUCUGCAAUCAACUUCAUUUUUGAGUUUAGUGUCUGUAUGACAAUACCAUGUAUUGACAGUCACUGCGAAUGUAUUUUCCCCAGAAGUUAAGAAAUAUUACCUUUAUGAUCCAAUAAAAAUAAUAGCUACCUGA